CCGAUUGCGGCGCCCCGGGGAGCGGCUCCGGCGGGGCCGCCGCCCGCGCUCGCGGGAAGGAUGGAAGCGGAGGACCGGACGCCGGAGCCGACGCUGUUCCCCGCCGGCGGGGAAAGGUUGGAGCCCCUCGAGGAUGCUCCCGGUACGGCCCGGACGCCGCUGCUCACCGCCUCCGCCGAGGUGCUGGAGUUCGACGACGAUGAGGACGACCUGGAGGUGUUCAGCAAGGAUACGUCACUGGCGAACUCAUUCAGUCCUUCAAUGCCAAUAUCCCCCUCGUCUAUGAUAAACCAGUAUAAAUUUGAAGAUGAACCAGAAUUAAAAGAUCUCUUCAUUACUGUUGAUGACCCUGAAAGCCACAUUACAGCCAUUGAAACAUUUAUUACAUACAGGGUAGUCACAAAGACAUCUCGUGGUGAAUUUGACUCCUGUGAAUAUGAGGUCCGACGACGAUAUCAGGAUUUUCUGUGGUUGAAGAGCAAACUCGAAGAAGCACAUCCAACACUAAUUAUUCCUCCAUUGCCGGAAAAAUUUGUGAUGAAAGGAAUGGUGGAACGAUUUAGUGAUGAAUUCAUUGAGACUCGAAGAAAAGCUCUUCAUAAAUUUUUGAACCGUAUUGCUGAUCACCCAACCUUAACUUUUAACGAAGACUUCAAAAUUUUUCUUACUGCACAGGCCUGGGAACUCUCCUCGCACAAGAAGCAGGGUCCAGGUUUGCUGAGCAGAAUGGGACAGACCGUAAGAGCUGUAGCAUCCUCAGUAAGAGGAGGAGUUAAAAAUCGUCCUGAAAUGUUUACAGAAAUGAAUGAUUAUAUGGAAACAUUUAGUCACAAAAUAAACGUACUGGACAAAAUAGCUCAUAGAAUUUACAAGGAAGAAAGGGAGUAUUUUAAUGAGAUGAAGGAGUAUGGCCCCAUCCACACGCUCUGGUCAGCAUCAGAAGAAGAUAUAGCAGACUCCCUAAAAGGCGUCGCCAGCUGCAUUGACAAAUGUUGCAAAGCUACAGAGAAACGAAUGGCCGGGCUCUCUGAAAAUCUCCUACCAAUCAUACAUGAGUAUGUUCUCUACAGUGAAAUUCUGAUGGGUGUUUUGAAAAGGAGAGACCAAAUUCAAAGCGAGCUUGAUUCCAAAGUUGAUGCUUUAGCCAAUAAAAAGGCAGACAAGGAUCUGUUCUCAGAGGAGAUUGGGAAACUUGAAGAUAAAGUGGAAUGUGCCAAUAACGCUCUGAAAGCAGACUGGGACAGGUGGAAGCAAAACAUGCAGUACGAUAUGAGAUCAGCGUUCACUAAUGUGGCUGACAAUAAUCUCCGUUAUUAUGAAGAGUGCCUUGCUACAUGGGAGUCCUUCCUAGCAUCUCAAACAGUGGAUCAUCAUGGGGAAGAAGAUUCUGAAGACAGGCCUUGAGUAAUAUCUCUGCUUGAUCUCUACCUUUUCCGUGAAGUUUUUCUCAACCAAAGAAGUGCUUUAUAUGAGAUCAGAUACGUUAUUAAAUGCAACUGUUAAAAUCAGUGAAACGCAGGAAACCAGCUUAUUGAAAACUCAGGUAUUCUACUCCUGAAAUACAUUUUGGAACAUGCUAUAUAUUGCUUUAUAUUGCUUAGUCAUGAUUUUACAUAUUUUUAUGCAAGUGUUCACAUACAAUUUUUUUCAUACAUAUUGCAUAACUUGGAUAUAAAGU